UGCCCUAGCACGAUCGGCUGGUUUGGUUGGCUUCCGAUUUUGGUUGAACUCGUGUGGCCAAUAGUUGGGAUCGAUCCCUGGACAUCGAUCGCGGAAACCUAACCUGGUAUAAAAUACUCGCACCGUGUCAAAUGGCCUAUCAUUAGCUGGCUGCCAUUUGCUUAAUCAACACGCGCAUAGAUUAAAAUAUUAAUUUAGGGACGAAAAACGACGUGGUGGACCAGGUCCUUGGCCACUUCUAGCAGGAUAGGAAAGUGUGAAUAAGAGUGCAAAACAAAAAGCUAAGGAGAGCAGCAAACAAAAAAAAGGAAAAUGAAAUCGUUCACCUAUCUACUAGUGUUGGGCAGUGCUCUGGUGUUUAGUGUCAUUUCUGGUGCCUCGAUAGCUUCGAAUCUGAUUGAAGAAGCCACCCCCAGGAUUGCUUCCUCGGAGCAGCUCAUCUCGUCGAUUGUGAACGAGUGUUUCGAGCAUGACAGCUCCUCGGCAAUGAACUGCCUCAAGGGCAAGGUGCUGGUCUAUUUGGAUGGCCUGCUGGGACUUCAGGAGGAACAGGCUCGUGCCUUCGAGGAACAGAACGUAGAUAAGGUUAUCUUCGACCGGGUUGCCCGUGUUCUGGCAACGAACGAAUUCCGUCUGGCGCUGCCCUCGGAAGAAACCGUCGUUAGUUAUCGGGCCGAUAAGGGUAUCAAGUUCGAUUCGAUCCCGGCCGGACUUGCCACUGAAUCCCGUGGUCAUUUACUGAAGAAGAAACUCCUGCUUCCAGUUCUGCUGUUGCUGAAGCUCAAAAUGAAGGCCCUGAUGCCGAUCUUCGUUGCCCUUAUCGGUCUGAAGGCGAUGAAGGCUCUUAUCCUGUCCAAGCUGGCCAUCACCAUCGUUCUCGGCUUCAUCAUUGCUCAGCUGGUCAAGAAGUCCGGCCUUGGAAUGCCAAUGAUGUCGAUGACCCCAAUGAUGCCCCCAGCCCCAGCUGCUGAGUAUGGAGCCCCAGUUUCAGCAACCAGCGAAGCCCCGACCUCCAGCUAUGGCGCCCCCUCAUGGGAAUCGCAAUCCGGUGGCCCGUACUCCCGCGUCUGGGAACCAUCGACUUCCGGAUCCUCCCACAGUUUGGCUUACAGCUCGUACUACCCAAGUUCCAGCUCGUAUAGCUCGACUGCCUACCACUCUGCCUCUUCUUCGGGUGCUUCACCCUCAUCCUCCUCCUCAUCAUCUCCCCCAUCUUCCUCUUCUUCUUCUUCCAGCUCCGCCCAUGCGUACUGAAAGCAGGAAACAAAUCGCCAUAGAUUGAACAAAUGUACAGUCAAAUUUGGAACCAAAAACUAUCCCAAAAAGAACUUAUCAAUACAAAACAAAAAAAAACUUUCACCAACCGAUCAGAAUUAAUGGACAAAUGGUUAACCCUCCCGAUUGGACGUACCAAUCGUGGAUCGCGGUAUGACUGACUAAUUCUACUUUGAUGCUUAAUGCUGAUAAUUUAUUGUUGCUUACUCUAUUUAAAUUAUUUAUUUGUGUCUCGAAAUGUGCGAAUGAAUUGUAUAAAACGAUGAAUCAAAAGAUGCUC